AUGCUAGAUACAUCAUCACAAUAUGAAAAUUUAAAGGGAUUAUAUGAUAAACUUGAUAAACUUGAUGAACUGCCAACUAAAAUCAUAGAAGGUCUUCGCAAACCAACUCCAAAGUCAGACUUUUCGUAUGCAAGUAGCACAAAUUGGAAGAAGUUUAAGACUGUUGCUGAUUCAGUUGUUAAGUGGGAUAUUGAGAAUGAACCAGAUUUUCCAGCUAUUACAGAUCAAAUAGAGAAAUUCACAUUCAAGAUCAAUGAUCAAAUCAGAUACAAUAGCAUGGGAAGAGAGCACCAGAAUGAGAUUCUAGUGACAGCUGAUGUUUUUCCACAUUUUAAUGUAAUCCUUAGUGAGGGUGGGCAGUUGAAGUUCAGUUCGAAGAAACAGGGUUAUCAAUCACAUAAGUAUCAUCUGGAAGGCAAGGACGAUUUAUCUAUUAUAGAAAAAGUCAGCAAGAUCAAACGAGUGUCUGUAGAAAUCAAAGAAAUGACCUCAAUGGUUAAUGAGGAAUGGAAAAAGAAAUUUCCUCAAGUCCUUGGACCUCUUGAUUAUUUGACUGAUUUGCUAUUUAAUACAUAUGAAAUCAAAGUAGGAUAUUGCUUUCUUACUAAUGGCAGCAUAAAGGAUGGUGAUUUAAUGAUAGCUGCUACAAAACCAUACUUUGCCGCAUCAAUUGAUUUGACUAGAGCUCUGUUGCAUAUAUUCAAAGGAAUUGAAAAGAGACUUAUUAAUGAACCA